AUGCUCCCAACAGAAUGGCGGAGAUCUCCUGCUGGCCUUGCGCUUCGCAAAGAAGUGGAGAAGUCGCGCCUGAGGCUCACCGUCGCCCUGAACAAGCGUGAUGCUGACGUUCGUGAUAAGGUCGAGCUCGAAGGGAGCAAAGAGGAUGAGGAUAUCCCAGAACACAUCGCACACGCCACCGCAAAGCUCGAAAACACAAGCAACAUGUUGAAGCUCUUCGACUAG